UGGUUAAAGGAAAACUCUCCAGCCUCCCCUCCAGUCUUGCACAGGUGUACCGGCUCCUCCCCUUCAAUCAUGCACAGGUGUAGUGGCUCCUCCCCUCCAGUCUUGCACAGGUGUACCGGCCCCUCCCCUUCAGUCUUGCACAGGUGUACCGUCUCCUCCCCUUCAGUCUUGCACAGGUGUACCGUCUCCUCCCCUUCAGUCUUGCACAGGUGUACCGUCUCCUCCCCUUCAGUCUUGCACAGGUGUACUGGCCCCUCCCCUUCAGUCUUGCACAGGUGUACCAGCUCCUCCCCUUCAGUCUUGCACAGGUGUAACAGCUCCUCCCUUUCAGUCUUGCACAGGUGUAUCGGCUCCUCCCCUUCAGUCUUUCACAGGUGUACCGGCUCCUCCCCUUCAGUC